AUGCUCUCUUGCAGACGUAUCAACCCCAACAACUAUCAAAACUACGACAACACCACCGAGUACGUCGCCCAAGGCAUCGCCUACAUCAUGGACGUGGAUGGCCCGGGUUGGGAAGUGCUCGUGGAUGGCCGUGCCAACGACGGGUACUAUGCGGCGAUGCAAGACCUGUGGGAGAGCACCCAGACGGCUAUCAUGCAAGGGGAUAGGAUCUCAAGUAAGUGCUUUGUUCUAUGGGAGAGGGUGAUGCGUUCCACGGUUAACGACGGAACGGGCUUUCCGAUUCCGGCACAAUUUGCGAAUGUUCAUGGUGGUCGGGCCUUUAGCUUCUGGGAAAAAGGGGGAUGGAAGAUGGCACGGCGCGUUCAGACGGCGCCGGGCGGCAACCGUCGGGGUGUGGGGUGA